CGCCAACUCCCUGUGUCAUUACAAUGCUUGCCCUCGCCUCCUCCGCCCCCCUUUCGCUCGUCGUCCAGCGCGCGAUGCCCGCCACGACCCGCCUCGCCACGCCGCGCAUGGCCGAGUUUGUCGAGACAGACGCCGCGGUCCUCGACCGCUACAUGAACCUGCCGCACCCGGGCCAGGUUCAGGCGGAGUAUCUGUGGAUCGACGCAAAGGGCGAGGUUCGCUCCAAGUGCCGCACCAUUGACGCCAAGAAGGCGUCGCUCGAUCAGCUGCCGUCGUGGAACUACGACGGCUCGUCGUGCGACCAGGCACCUGGCGAGGACUCGGAGGUGAUCAUCAAGCCGCGCGCCGUCUACAAGGACCCCUUCCGCCCCGGCGACAACAUCCUCGUCCUCACCGACACCUACACGCCCGCCGGCGAGCCUCUCCCCACCAACACCCGCACCGCCGCCACGGAGCGCUUCGCCGGCCGCGAGGACGAGGUGCCUUGGUUCGGGAUCGAGCAGGAGUACACGCUCUUCAACCUGGACAAGGUCACGCCGCUCGGAUGGCCGCAGGGCGGCUUCCCGGGCGCGCAGGGCCCGUACUACUGCGGCGCUGGCGCCGACCGCUCCUUCGGCCGCUCCAUCUCCGAGGCGCACUACAAGGCCUGCCUCUACGCCGGCAUCGCCAUUUCGGGCACCAAUGCCGAGGUGAUGCCCGGCCAGUGGGAGUACCAGGUUGGGCCGUGUGUCGGCAUCGCCGCGGCCGACGAGCUGAUGGUCUCGCGCUACAUCCUGCAGCGCGUGUGCGAGGACUUCGGCGUCUACUGCACCUUCGACCCGAAGCCAAUCGACGGCGACUGGAACGGCGCCGGCUGCCACACCAACUUCUCCACCGAGAAGAUGCGCAAGGCUGGCGGCCGCGCCGCCAUCGACACGGCCCCCCCGCCAGCAGGGGCGCGCGCCAAGCGGCCACGUGCCAUCCGCCAGCUGGGCGCGCGCCACUCGGCCCACAUCGCCGCAUACGGCGAGGGCAACGAGCGCCGCCUGACCGGCAAGCACGAGACGGCCGACAUGAACACCUUCUCGUACGGCGUCGCCAACCGCGGCUGCUCGAUCCGCAUCCCCCGCUCCGUCGAGGCGGACGGCUGCGGCUACCUCGAGGCGAGACACCGCCGCCGAGACGCGAGAGACCGCCGCCCGUCCUCCAACAUGGACCCGUACGUGGUCACGUCGAUGAUCUUCGAGACGAUCGCCGACGGCAACGAGGAGCUCGACAGCACCACACGCAGUCGCGAGCUCGACGUCAAGGAGUCGUCCGUCGCGCUCGCCUAGGCGGCCCUGCGAGGCCUUGGCCUCGCUUCCUCUGGCCUCCUCCUCCUCCUCGCCCCUCCCCCCCACCCCCUCCCCACCCCCGCCGCCGCCCCCCGGGAGAGGCUGCGCAAGGGCGGCGCUUGGCUCGACGAGCGCGCGCAUCUCUCCGCGUCUGGGACGGCGAGCCUCGGGAUAAGAUGCGAUCUUCCCGAGACGGCCCCGCGGCGAGCGCAUUCGGCGGGGGGUGCAGGGGCGGGACGGGACACGGGGGCUAGAGGGAGCGAGAUGGAGGAGGUGGGGAGAUGAAAGUGGUAGAGAUGCAUGCACUAGCAAAUUCGUUAUUGUAUCGGGAGUGGAGCCCACUCUUGUAGCAUGCAGGUUGCAGUCUGCAUGGAUUAGCCUCUGCAUAGACGGGCUGAUUCUACAUUCCGUAUUUCUCUGAAAAUGCAGAAUGCA